AUGGCGAACAACCUGAAUGUGUCAGCCCCGGACGUCAUACGGCUGAUCCUACAGUACUUGAAGGAAAAUAACUUAAUGAGGUCUUUUUACGUUUUGCAGGAAGAAAGCAAUGUAAAGCUAAACGCAAUAAGCAACGUGGAAAUGCUAAUAAGAGACAUACACAAAGGAGAUUGGAAAAAUGUUUUGUAUAACAUAACGACGAUCGAGCUAUCUGAUGAAACUCUAAUAAAUUUGUAUGAACAGCUAAUAUGCGAACUUAUAGAAUAUAAAGAAAAUGAGUUAGCCGAAAAGAUAAUGAGUGAGUGCAUUAUAUUUAAAAAAAUGAAAAAGAUGAAUGCAGAAAAAUAUGACAAAUUGGAAGAUCUCCUCAGCAUGAACAGUAAGCAUGUUAAUAAAAAUACUUUAUACGAUGGGAUAACAAAAGAGGAAAGAAGGAAUAACAUAUGCGUGAUGAUUAACAAUGAAAUAACUUCAUGUGCACCGUCCAGAUUAUUAGCCCUACUAGGGAUGGCCUUAAAAUGGCAGAAUCAUCACAACCUUAUAAAAAAAAAUAAAGAAAAUGACAAUUUUGAUAUUUUUAGAAAUUUAGAAAAAGACGAAUCCAAGGGUAUAGAUGUGUACCCAGAAAGGAUUUUAAAAAGUAUAAGUUUUGGUAAAGACUCAAAUGUAGAAUGUUGUAUAUGUUCGUAUAGCCACGAUUACUUAAUUACGGGUUCAUCUGAUGGGUUCAUAGAAGUAUGGAGUUGGCUAACUGGACAAUUAAACAGCGAUUUACCUUACCAAUAUAACAAUAACAUCAUGAUGCAUGACAAUCCCAUCGUUUCGCUAUGCAUUAGUAAGGAUGAUGAAAUUUUAAUUAGUGCAGAUUCUAAGGGGUUAAUCAAAAUAUGGAAAAUAAAAACGGGUUCUUGUUUAAGAACUAUUAAUGCACACACGAACGCAGUGACAUCUGUUCAUUUUAAUAAUGAUCAGACACAAAUCUUAACAUCUUCAUAUGACCUUUCUGUUAAAAUAUUUGGACUGAAGUCAUUGAAAUGUUUAAAAGAAUUUAGAAAGCACUCUACUGUUGUCCACUCAUGUGUGUACUCUCUAGAUAAUUCUAAAGUCAUAUGUGGAACAGAAGAAGGAAAAAUAUAUAUAUAUAACCAGAAAACUUGUGAGUGUAUUACUUCAUUUUAUGUAUAUUACAAUGUAAAGGAUAAUAUAAUUUUCCCUUCUGUGCAUACCAUCACAUUAUUGACAAAGACGUUGGACGAACUUAUCCUAGUAUGCUCUAAAUCGCCCUAUUGCUACCUUAUGAAUUUUAAAGGACAGAUUAUUAAGACUUAUACAUAUUUAGCAGAAAAGGUCGAGGACGAAAACCCUGUGAAUUUUGUCUCUGCGUGCCUCUCCCCCAAUUCUAAAUAUGUCUACUGCUUGGCGGAGAACCAGUACCUUUAUUGCUUUAAUUAUAGUACCGCCAAGCUGGAGACGCAGAUCAAGGUCCUCGAGGAAGAGGCCCUUGGGGUGCUUCAUCACACUACCCAGGAUCUUAUGGCCACUUGGGCUCUUGACGGCACACUCAACGUGAUACAGUAG